AUGCUCGGUGAUUUCAAGAUUGUAAAAAAGUGCAGUACAACAGAUGCAAGAGUUUCGAUAUUCGAAUUGAACGACACAUGCCUUGAGUUGCCUAUAUUUAUGCCUGUAGGGACAUAUGGAGCGAUGAAGGGCAUUCGCGUUCCUGACCUCCAGGAGAAUAUGAUUUUGACAAACACGUAUCACCUUAGGAAGCUGGGGAAGAACAUCAAAAGAUUUAUGAAGUAUAAUAGAGGGAUGCUAACUGAUUCUGGAGGGUUUCAGAUUGGGAGCUUACCCGAUGUUGUUGUGACAGAGGAGGGAGUGAAGUUUGAGAACACCUUGUUCACACCAGAAGAUAGCAUGAGCAUACAAAUGGAAUUAGGUGCAGACAUCAUCAUGCAGCUCGAUGAUGUUGUAAAUCCAUGUGAUUCCAAGGAAAAAAUAGAAGUUGCAAUGAGGAGGUCCAUAAGAUGGAUGGAUAGGUGUAUUACAGCGGUCAACCGCCAUGAAGUUGAUGAACACACUAAAAAAUUAAAAAAGGAAGAUCUUCCUCAAAUAAGACUCGAGGAAGGGAGUACACAGAUAUUAUUUCCCAUAAUCCAAGGAGGACUUGACGAAGAGCUAAGGGCAGAAAGCAUUGCCGAAGUCCUCAAGAGAUCUCCAAAGGGCCUUGCAAUAGGGGGAUUAAGCGGAGGAGAAGAGAAAUCCGAAUUUGCACGGAUUGUUCACUUUUGUAUAAAGAACCUUCCAGAAGGAAUUCCGAGAUAUCUCAUGGGAGUGGGGUAUCCCGAAGAUAUAGUGGUGUGUGUAGCACUGGGAAGUGAUAUGUCCGACUGCGUAUAUCCAACAAGGACAGCCAGGUUUGGAAGAGGGUUUUCUGAUUCCGGAGAUGUCUGUUUCACAUCCAAACUUAAGUAUGACAAAAGGAAGAUAGAUGAAACCUGCAGUUGCUUUGUGUGUUCUAGAUACUCAAGGGCAUUUAUGUUUUCGAUCAAAGGAACCACCAACUUCUGCAUGCUUCUCACAAUUCACAACUUGCAUUACAUGAGAAAUCUCACAAAAAGAAUUAGAGAGUCCAUAAUGGAAGAUAAAUAUCCUGAGUUUAUUAAGACUUUUAUGGGAAAUAGAUUUAAAGAGAUACCCGAAUGGAUAAAAAUAGCUCUUAGGAAAGUUGGAGUUGAGGUUUAA